AUGGCAAAAACAAAGAAAGCUAACAAGUCAAAGGCCCGCAACGCUAAGUUUGCUUCUUCUCCUGCUUCUGGUGUCAAUAACAAAGACACCCAGUUUAUUGAAACCAAGGUCAAGCCUUUGAUUGAAAGCUUGAACUCUGAAAGCGAAGAAACGCGAUCCGCUUCCCUUUCUGAGAUUACCCUUUUAUGUGAAACCCCCAAGAACCGUACAUUGUUCCUCAAGGAGCGUUUGCUUAAGUAUAUUUUGGAAAUUCUUGCCAAAGAAACCAAUAAUGAUAUAAUCACUGAGUCAUAUGGUCUGCUGCGGAAUAUUAGCAUUGAAGAGGGAUACGACUCUACCGUAUUUCUCUGGCGCCAGGACAUUUUGCAAGCCAUCAAGAUACUUUUGUCUAACAAGGCUAAUAAUGUUGGAACUAAGGACAGCAACGAUUUGCUUGAAAACGUGGUUGGUCUGCUUUCAGCCAUGGCUUUGUCUAGUGAUAGCAUUUUCGACGAUAUUUGCGAAAAGCUAAGCGAGAUUCUGCCUACCGUUCUCGUUACAAUCGUUACUGCAUUUUCUCAAAAGCAAAUUACAUCAGCGCUUUUCGGUGCUGCUUGCGAGGCUCUCUACAUUUUUUCACAAGACAAUAAGCCUUUUAUCAAAUCGGUUUCCACUUUGCCAUUACCAGAGAUUCUUGAAACCCCAUCAAAGCACACACCUUUGGGUCUUGUAUACCUUAAUGGCUUAAAGUAUAAUUCGAUUCAGAUUUCUCUCACAGAUGCCACUGAGGAACUUUCCAGUGUUGCACCACAUAUUUUAGAGGUUCUCCAGGCACUCAAUACUUUUAUGACAUCGGUCGACGUCUCGGCCAUCCAGCAAGAUAUUACCGCGACUGCCGACGGCCUGGAACCCAAGGAGGCCAUUGCAUUAUAUAAAAAGGCAGUGACCAGUAAGUACCUUGCAGAGGGUGUGCAGAUUUCUCUUGAGGUGGUUGCAGCUAUUGCUGAGACCAUUUCUGUGGACCCCAAGAAGCAGCCCUGUGCGCCUAAGCCACAGGAGGUGGACGAAGAUAUGGAAGAUGAUAAGGAUGAAGAUAUGGAGCUUUAUAUUCGAAAGUCUGUUGCUGUUGAAGAAACCCCUGUUCAGGAAGAAUUUUGGGGAUUUGAUAAUAACAGCGUUUUGGAGCCAACUUUUCAAUAUUUGCAAGAGCAGGUUAUCCCCACUUUAUUCAAGCUUUUACCACAUAGUGAAUAUUUAUCACGAACUCUUAACGUGCUGAAUAACCUUGCAUGGUCUCUAGAGGCCAACCGGAAAUAUGCCACUUUAUGGAAGCAGCAAGCAGAGCAGCUGUGGACAGAGCUUCUUCCGCACGUGACAACUACCGAAAACAAACCGUUUGUUGAGAUUGAGUCGAUAAAUUCUUCGGUGGGCAUUUUGUGGGCAAUUGCGUCGUUUUUCGACGGGGUUGUUCCGAUAACGCCUGAAGCUAUCAACUUUUUAAUUUCGCAGUCGGAAACCAUCUCGACUCUGUACCCUGCAGCCGAGGCCAGCGAGCACUACGUGCGAUUAAUUGGGUUCUUUACAGUUUUGGCCAAAACCCCUGGCCGUGUUGAGCUGACACAGCGGGUUGGAGAGUAUUUGUUGACUCUGCUUGAUAUUGUGGUGACCAAGGGAGCGUCUGCAGUUGGAGGCCUGAAUGAAAAAGUGGCUAUUGACGUGAUUUACGCGCUAUUUUCCAUUUUUGGCGAUGGUGAGAGCGAGUGGGACGAAGCUGUAUUUGUCCAAGGAGGUAUUAACCAGAAACUUACAGUGUUGCUGCCAAAGUUACGAGUGACAUUCAAGCGCAUUAGCAAGGUUAAGGACUAUGCUUUGAAGGAAAAGGCUACGGAGGCUACAAUGAAUCUUGCUCGGUUCAUUGAGUAUAAGAAAAGUGAACUUGAAGAGAAGAAGAAUGAAAAGAACUAG